GCAGCCGGACCAGCGCAUGCGUACAGGGCCUCCCCCGGGUUAGCGGACAUAACCGGUUUCGGCGUGCUCGGUCUCCUCCCAUCAGUGAGUCCCGACUUUCCGCUCUCCUGCUGCCGGCGCUCAGUGGAAGACCAUGGCUGAUCCUCGCGUGAGACAGAUCAAGAUCAAGACAGGAGUCGUGAAGAGGUUGGUCAAAGAAAAAAUGAUGUAUGAAAAAGAAGCAAAACAACAAGAAGAAAAAGUUGACAAAAUGAAAGCUGAAGAUGCUGAAAACUAUGCUAUUAAGAAGCAGACAGAAAUCUUGCAAGAGUCUCGAAUGAUGAUUCCAGAUUGCCAACGCAGAUUGGAAGCUGCACGUUCUGAUCUUCUACAGCUGGUGGAAAACGAAAAAGACUUAGAAGAAGCUGAAGAAUAUAAAGAAGCUCGUUCAGUUCUGGAUUCAGUGAAGUUAGAAGCUUAAAAUGUUUCUUUCUGCUGAAUGAAUUUUUUCCCCAUUAAACACUGGGAUCCAUUCCACAUUUUAUUAUGGUUGGUCAUUCUUUCUGUGUUCCAAUAGUGUGAGAAUGUGAUUCAUUUUUCUUUAUGUAGUCUCAUCUCUUUGACUUUUCUUAAUUUAAAAAUGUAUCAAAUAAAUGGUUUAGCCUGAUAUAGAUGCUUAUUAUUUUGUAGAGUUUUAUUGACUAAUAAGCUAUCUUUAACCUAUUUAUACCUGAAAAGUAAGAUUAGUAAUAUUGCAUUUGAAUUUUUACUUGGAUAUGUUGUUUCCAAAUCAUGAUUCUGUUAAGUAUGUUUUGGCUUAGAAAAUUUUUUGUAUACAGAAAAUAAAAAUUUGACCAGUUUGUGUUAUGUAUUCUAAAUAAGGUGUGUGUAGCAUCUGAGGAUGGGGGGCGGGGGAAGAAAGACAGUUCUCAGGGGAUAAUACCAUGUAUAUUUUCCCUUCAUAAUGAAGACUUAACAUUUUCACUAAUUGGAAUUGGGUAAAUGAAUAUGACACCAUUAUGUGAUGAAUAAAAAGAUAAAAGUAAUAAGUAUAUAACAGAAAGAACAAAAGUGUAGAAUAACCACUACAGAGAAUUUGAAAAUAGGACUCUUAAAAAUACUGUUGUGAUUUGGUUAAAUAAAUGUUUGUUUUUUUUAAAUCUA